AUGGCGAACACGAACAAGUACUCGGUGCUCCUCCCCACCUACAACGAGCGCCGCAACCUGCCCAUAAUAACAUGGCUGCUGGCCAAGACGUUCGAGGAGAACAAACUCGACUGGGAACUCAUCAUCAUCGACGACGGCUCCCCCGACGGCACCCAAGAAAUCGCCGCCCAGCUCCAAAAAGCCUACACACCCUCACGCAUCCAAAUCCGCGCGCGCGCCGGCAAACUCGGCCUCGGAACCGCCUACGUCCACGGCCUGCAAUUCGCAACCGGAAACUUCGUCAUCAUCAUGGACGCGGAUUUCAGCCACCACCCCAAGUUCAUCGCGCCCAUGAUCGCUUUGCAAAAGACCAAGAACUACGAUAUUGUUACUGGUACGCGGUAUGCGGGCGAUGGCGGCGUGUUUGGCUGGGAUCUCAAGCGCAAGUUUGUGUCGAGGGGGGCGAAUCUUUUUGCGGAUACGGUGCUCAGGCCGGGUGUGAGUGAUCUUACGGGCAGCUUUAGGUUGUAUAAGAAGGAGGUGUUGCAGAAGGUUAUUAGGCAGACGGAGAGUAAGGGGUAUACGUUCCAGAUGGAGAUGAUGGUGCGCGCGAAGGCUAUGGGGUGUACCGUUGCGGAAGUGCCCAUCUCUUUCGUUGAUAGGUUGUACGGUGAGAGCAAGCUUGGCGGUGAUGAGAUCGUUGAGUACGCGAAGGGUGUGUUGGCGCUGUGGAUGAAGGUUUAG